AUGGCGGAGGGCGGCGGCGGGCCGGCGCGGAGGAAGGCGCUGUCACUGUUGGAGGCGGCCCGUUCCCGCUACGAGAGCCUGCAGAUCUCCGACGACGUCUUCGGGGAGUCAGGCCAGGACAGCAGCGGGAACCCCUUCUACAGUACCUCGGCCGACUCCCGCUCCGCCGCCUCCUCCCAGGACGAGGACGACGACGAGGAGGACGAGGGGCGCCCGGAGGGGCUGAGCCCCGCCGUCCCGGGCGGCCCCGGCCUAAUGGAGGAGGAGGAGGAGGAAGCGGAGAAGGGGGGCUGGACCCGGUCGCUGCGAGAUGUCCCACCCCCUCACUUCAAGGAUGGCAGUGGUCCAACUAGAAAAAUGCCCCUAACAGCCAGUGCCAUGGACUUUUUUCAACUCUUUGUCCCUGACAAUGUACUAAAGAAUAUGGUGGUCCAAACCAACAUGUAUGCCAAGAAGUACCAGGAGAGGUUCGGUAGUGACGAUGCCUGGAUUGAUGUCACCUUGACAGAAAUGAAAGCCUUCUUAGGCUACAUGAUAUCAACCAGCAUCCACCACUGUGAGUCUGUUCUCAGCAUCUGGAGCAGCGGCUUCUACAGCAACAAGAGCAUUGCACUUAUCAUGACACAAACACGGUUUGAGAAGAUCCUGAAGUACUUCCACAUUGUGGCCUUCCGUUCGAGCCAGACAACGCAUGGCCUCUACAAAAUCCAACCUUUUCUGGACUCUCUGCAAAGUGGCUUUGACUCCGCUUUUAGGCCUUCACAAGCCCAGGUACUACAUGAACCCCUGAUUGAUGAAGAUCCCGUCUUCAUUGCCACUUGCACAGAGAGGGAGCUGCGCAAGAGGAAAAAAAGGAAAUUUAGUCUCUGGGUUCGGCAAUGUUCAUCUACUGGUUUCAUCUGCCAGAUUUAUGUCCAUCUCAGAGAAGGGAGUGGUGCUGACGGGCUGGAUGCUUUGAAGAACAAACCACAGCUUCACAGUAUGGUGGCCAAAAACCUUUGUCAGAACGCCUCUGGGAAGAACUACAUCAUCUUCACAGGCCCAAGCAUUACCAGCCUGAAUCUCUUUGAAGAAUUUGAGAAGCAAAAGAUUUACUGUUGUGGGUUGCUGAGCACCAGGAAGAGUGACUGCACAGGCCUACCUCCAUCCAUGCUGAACAACCCUGAAACUCCCCAGUCCAGAGGACAGUACAGAAUAAGAAUGAAGGGAAACAUGUCCUUGAUCUGCUGGUACAAUAAAGGGCACUUUCGUUUUCUGACCAAUGCCUAUUCACCAGUUCAACAAGGAGUUAUAAUUAAGAGAAAAAGUGGAGAAAUUCCAUGCCCGUUGGCAGUUGAAGCUUUUGCUGCUCACCUCAGCUAUAUCUGCAAAUAUGAUGACAAAUACAGCAAGUAUUUCAUUUCUCACAAACCGAACAAGACUUGGCAGCAAGUAUUCUGGUUUGCCAUCAGCAUCGCUAUAAACAAUGCCUACAUCCUCUACAAAAUGUCAGAGGCCUACCAUGUGACGAGGUAUAGCCGUGCACAGUUUGGGGAAAGACUUGUAAAGGAGCUUCUGGGCUUGGACGACACCUCACCCUCCCAUUGAUGCAUUGCUUUUGGUGGCAUAGACAGGGGCUGGAGCGUAAGCAGAAGAAGAUACUGCACCUGGAAUGACAAAGCAAGGAACUUGUGACACGACCAGUGCUGUCAUCCAAAAAUGCCAAGUGAUGCCACUAGAGAGGUAGAAACUCUAUUCUAGUAGGAGCUGGAUGUAAGCAUGUCCUGCAGGAAGUGCCACUGGAAAAGCUGACACAACAUUGCAUAUGUGAAUGCCCUGUGGUAAUCUGUACACCAGAAACAGACUUAUAUGAGUUGUCAUCUCAAUACUAUGUGUUGAACAGAGUCAUCUUGU